AUCUAUAAGAACAGGAACUGGGAUAUGAUUGGCCUCGACGGGAACGUGUACGGGAACUGCAUCCCCUUCCCCAACCACGAUAUCCAGUGCAGCAGGGGGCUGUGGAGUGUCGGGGGCAAGAGGAUGUUUAGGUGCUUGACGCGGUUCACGGUGUAUGACUUCAUUGCGGCGAAUGGGGGGAGGACUGUCGGAUGA